AGCAGGCAAAGAGCCACUGGGGGAGGCCGGUCCCCAGCAGCGCCGUCUGGCUCCGGCUCCCGGUCCCGUGCGGAGCGACAGCCGCGGUCGCCGUCUCCGCCGCCGCCGCCGCCUCCGUCGUCGUCGGGGGAGGGGCCAGCCGGACCCCGGGGUCACAGCCGAGGAAUGAGGAGCGGCGGCCGGGCCCCGCUCUCCGCCCCGGCCUAGGGCCUUGCCCCGGGAGCCGCGAGGGUGGAGGGCUGAGUUUUGAUCUAUGUCCACCCUAUCUCAGCUGCCUGAAAGUACUUAAUGAUCACAUGACCCUGGACAUGGAUGCUGUCCUGUCGGAUUUUGUCCGUUCCACAGGCGCAGAGCCUGGGCUGGCCCGAGACCUCCUGGAAGGAAAGAACUGGGACGUGAGUGCCGCCCUCAGCGAUUUUGAACAGCUACGUCAAGUCCAUGCUGGGAACCUGCCUCCCUUUAGCGAAGGGAGCAGUGGCCCCAGGACCCCCGAGAAAGGGUUUUCUGAUCGAGAGUGUGCCCGCCCCCCCCGGCCCGCCCUCCAGAGGCAGGAUGACAUCGUUCAAGAAAAACGCCUGUCUAGGGGCAUCUCCCAUGCCAGCUCCAGCAUUGUUUCCCUGGCCCGGUCGCAUGUCUCCUCCAAUGGGGGCGGUGGCGGGAGCAGUGAGCACCCCCUGGAAAUGCCCAUCUGUGCCUUCCAGCUUCCCGAUCUCACCGUGUACAACGAAGACUUCCGCAGCUUCAUAGAGAGAGACCUCAUUGAACAGUCCAUGUUGGUUGCCUUGGAGCAGGCAGGGCGUCUGAACUGGUGGGUGAGCGUGGACCCCACCUGCCAGAGGCUUCUUCCUCUGGCCACUACUGGGGAUGGAAACUGCCUCCUACAUGCAGCCUCUCUGGGCAUGUGGGGUUUCCACGACCGGGACCUGAUGUUGCGGAAAGCGUUGUACGCGCUGAUGGAGAAAGGAGCCGAGAAGGAGGCACUGAAACGGCGCUGGAGGUGGCAGCAGACACAGCAGAAUAAGGAGUCGGGGCUGGUUUACACAGAGGAUGAGUGGCAGAAGGAAUGGAACGAGCUGAUCAAGCUGGCCUCAAGUGAACCCCGCAUGCACCUAGGUACCAACGGAGCCAACUGUGGUGGGGUGGAGAGUUCGGAGGAGCCUGUAUACGAGAGCCUAGAAGAAUUCCACGUCUUUGUCCUCGCCCACGUGCUUAGGAGGCCCAUCGUUGUGGUGGCCGACACCAUGCUGAGGGACUCCGGUGGGGAAGCGUUCGCCCCUAUACCCUUCGGGGGGAUCUACCUGCCGCUGGAGGUCCCGGCCAGCCAGUGCCACCGCUCCCCACUGGUGCUUGCCUACGACCAGGCCCACUUCUCCGCACUUGUGUCCAUGGAGCAGAAGGAGAACGGCAAGGAACAAGCUGUGAUCCCACUUACGGAUUCGGAGCAUAAGCUGCUGCCCUUGCACUUUGCCGUGGACCCCGGGAAGGCCUGGGAGUGGGGCAAAGACGACAAUGACAACGUCCGAUUGGCCAGUGUAAUCCUGUCCCUGGAGGUCAAAUUGCAUCUGCUGCAUGGCUACAUGAAUGUGAAGUGGAUCCCGGUGUCCUCUGAUGCUCAGGCCCCCCUGGCCCAGCCCGAGUCCCCCACGGCCUCAGCCGGGGACGAGCCCCGCUCCACUCCCGAGUCUGGGGAGUCGGACAAAGAGUCCGUGGGCAGCAGCUCCACGAGCAACGAGGGCGGCAAGCGGAAGGAGAAGGCCAAGCGCGGCCGGGAGAAAGACAAGAAGCGCGCAGACUCCGUGGCGAACAAGCUGGGCAGCUUUGGCAAGACCCUGGGCAGCAAGCUCAAGAAGAACAUGGGAGGCCUGAUGCCUGGCAAGGGCCCCAAGGCCGGGGGCGCUGACACCCUGGAGAAGAAGAAGAAGAGCUCCCUGAAGGGCUGGAAGGGCGGCAAGGAGGAGGCGGCCGGGGACGGGGCCGGGGCCGAGAAGCCGGCGACCGAGUCGGCCGCUGACGGCGGCGGCAAGUACGGCCAGGACGUGAUGCGAAGCCUGAGCAUCCUGCGGAUGGCCAUGCAAGGGGAGGGCAAGUUCAUUUUUGUGGGUGCCCUGAAGAUGGGGCACCGGCACCAGUACCAGGAGGAGAUGAUCCAGCGCUACCUCUCCGAUGCCGAGGACAGGUUCCUGGCAGAGCAGAAGCAGAAGGACGCAGAGAGGAGGCUCCUGAACGGAGGGGCCGGUGGCGGCGGGCCUCCUCCAGCCAAGAAGCCAGAGCCCGACGGCGGGGAGGAGCUGCCGCCAGCCGCCCCGACGGAGUCCAAGGCCUUCUCUGCCAGCUGCCCCGGGGCCUUCACCAUCCCGCGGCCUACCGGGGCGGGCGUGCACUGCCAGGAGCCCCGCAGGCAGCUGGCGGGUGGGCCCUGUGGGGGAGGCCUGCCACCGUACGCCACCUUCCCCAGACAGUGCCCUCCAGGGCGCCCCUACCCCCAGCAGGACUGCGUCCCAUCCCUGGAGCCAGGCAGCCACUGCAAGGACGGCGGCCACAGGGCCGCGCUGCUGCCACCCCCCUUCCGCGUGGCCGAUUCCUACAGCAAUGGCUACAGAGACCCGCCCGAGCCAGAUGGCUGGGCCGGGGGCCCCCGGGGCCUCCCUCCGGCCCAGACCAAGUGCAAACAACCGAACUGCAGCUUCUAUGGACACCCCGAGACCAACAACUUCUGCUCCUGCUGUUACAGGGAAGAACUGAGGAGGAGGGAGCGGGAGCCGGGCGGGGAGCUGCUGGUGCACAGGUUCUGAGGGGGGCGCCCCGGAGGGCAAGGGGGCUGAACAAAGAGAGUUAAGCUCAA